GACUUAUUCAUAUUGACAACUGACUCAGAGGACACUUCUCUUUGCCACAGACAAGCUUAACAUCACCCAUAAGAAGGAUAGAGCAAAGGAAAAUGAGUGGAGAUUUACUAAGCAAGAAUCUAAGCAUCUCAGCCUGGGAAACUAACAUCAUACGGCUAAAUGAAAGCCACUACAUUGAUACUUCAGUUUGUGCCAUCAAGAUCCAGGCCAUGGUUUCUUUUUGCCUCAUCAUUUCCCUGGUUGGGAUGGUACUAAAUGCCAUAGUGCUGUGGUUCCUGGGCUUCCAGAUGCACAAGAAUGCCUUCUCUGUCUACAUUCUCAACCUGGCUGCGGCUGACUUUCUCUUCCUGUGCUCUCAGUUUGUAAUUUGCCUUCAUAUUGGCAUUUACUUCUUCUACACAAUUGACAUUGAAAUCCCUUUAUUUUUUGGUGUUGUGUCAUCAUCUGCUUAUCUUUCUGGUCUGAGCAUUCUCAGCACCAUUAGCAUUGAACGCUGCCUGUCUGUAAUAUGGCCCAUCUGGUAUCGCUGUAAACGUCCAAGACAAACAUCAGCUAUCACAUGUUUUGUGCUUUGGGCUAUUUCCCUGAUGUUGGUUCUCCUGAAAGGGAAGGCAUGUGGCUUACUGUUUAAUAGUUUUGACUUUUAUUGGUGUGAUAGAAUUUUUGUCAUCACUGCUGUUUGGUCAAUUGUUUUAUUUGUUGUUCUCUGUGGGUCCAGCCUCAUCCUGCUUGUCAGGAUCUUUUGUGGCUCCCAGCGGAUUCCUGUGACCAGGCUGUAUGUGACCAUUGUACUCACAGUCCUGGUCUUCCUGAUCUUUGGUCUUCCCUUUGGGAUCUAUUAUCUACUCUAUCAAUGGGUUAGCAAUAUUCGUUAUGUUCAAAUUUGUGAUUUUUAUGAAGAGACACUAUUCCUAUCCUGUGUUAACAGCUGUGUCAACCCCAUCAUUUACUUCCUUGUUGGCUCUAUUAGACACCGUAGGUUUAGGCGGAAGACUCUCAAGCUACUUCUUCAAAGAGCCAUGCAAGACACCCCUGAGGAGGAAGAAGGUGGAAAUAAGAGCUCUUCAGAACACCCUGAAGAACUGGAAACAGUUCAGAGCAGCAACUGAGACCUGCUUGAUCAGAAAAAAAAUGGUUUUGAGGGAAAUGUCUUUUUCUUAUUUGUGUGGACCAGUUUUACAACCUCGUUCAGUUUAUUACCUCUUCUUCAAUUGGUUAAUUAAACCAGUAAUUUUUGUAAAAGUUGAGAGAAAUGAGUCUUCACACAAAUACUGACUGUAGCAAUUCUGAAGCUGUGUUACUUAAGAGUUUACCAUCUCCUUUUGAUGGGACUCCUUGUGUAAGUGUUAUGUGGUAGAAAACUGCUCCUACUGUUGACGAACUCUCCUUCA